AUGAGUGACCAAGUAGAGAACAGCAAUCCCCGAGCCAAGGCGGAGACGAGAACGGCACGGACAGGACUUCUAUUUCCCGUGGGUCGAGCGCGUCGCAUAUUGCGUCGUGGCAAUUAUGCGGAACGCGUGGGUGAUGCAGCACCAGUCUACUUGGCUGCCGUGCUGGAAUACUUAACUGCUAGUGUGUUAGAGUUGGCGGGCAACGCGGUGCACGAUUACGGUCUGAUGUAUAUC